AUGAAUACUGUCAUAAAAACCUAUUUGCUAUCUGGAAACGAUAUUCUGCAUCCAUUGAUAUAUCUAAGAGUCGAUAAUUUGUAGAAGAAUGAAAUUAAAAAUUAUAUAAUUAAUUUCAAAAGUAUGCAAUAAAAUUUAAUAAAUUAUAGGAAAAGAAUAAAUCAAAUCGUUUCACCUGCUUUCUUUAAAGAACGAAAGGUUUCAGAAGUAGUUGAAUUAUAACCUCUCAUUCUGAAUAAUCGCAUAAAAUCUCUUCAUCUACCUGAAGGUUAAUAAUUAUUUUUGGAUAAUUCUAUUGAAUUAGAUUUUAGUGGUUUUAAAACAGCUUAGAUAAAUCUUUCCCAUAACAUUACGGUUUUUUAAAGUCCUGGAUAAUUUGAUGGUGGUUAAGCAAUGAAGAGAUCUAUAAUUUUAUCGAGAAACUCUUCACCAAAAAAUAGGAAGUUAUAGAGAAGAGGCACUCUUUUUCUAAUAGAUGAAAACGAACAAAAGAAAUAUGAAUAAUGGGUUAGUAGGUUAAGAAAAAGAACAACAGAUUAUUUUAUUAACAUCAUUUUGAAUCACUAUGUUGAACUAUUUGCAUCGAUGUAAAUGAAACAUUACAGCCAUUUGGUUGAUAUUUAUAAUGAUAUAGGAGAACAAUUAUUAUAAAGUCCAAUUACUCUGAUUCGAUUUACUUUAGUUAUUGGAUCAUACCUUUUAGAAAUGAAAGAUUUUAAUAAAAGUAGUUUCUUGUCGAAGUAGUUGUUCAUAAUAAGCAAGAUGUUGUCUCUCUAUAAAGAGAGAGCGAGGAUAAUGCUAUUUAUUUCUAAAAUUUGUUAAUAAGGAUAAUUAUAUGAAUUAUCUUUAUAAAUUCUAGAAGAUGGAUUAGUGUAUAGUUGGUUGAGUGAUGGACAAGAGGAAGAGGCUUAGAUCUAUGAGUCAAUGGGAAUUUCCUUAUUUUAUAUGUAGCAAUAAAAGAAAGCUAGAGUAUUUCAUUUUAAAUAUGUGAACGGACAUUUAGAACCUCAUAAUUCUUAAUUAAGAAUCUCCAUCAUAUAAUAAUUAUAAUUAUCAGAAAGACUAUUAUAAGAGAAAGGAGAAAAAUAAGAAUUUAUGAAUGAAGUUGUUUUGAGUAGAUUAUAAUUUCCAUUUUUGAAAAGAGAGAAAAAUAAAGUAAUCAAAAAAAUUGACAUUUCAUAAUUUGAAGAAAAUGUUAAGCAAGUAAUUAGUGAGUAGAGUUAAGUAAUAAAAUAUGAAAGCAUUUUGUUAAGAGAUAGUUAGAUACAAUAACCAAAGAUGAAAUUAAGAGAUUUAGGAACAAUCACACAGAAAUAUUUGGAAAUGAAGAGGAAAAGCAUUAGAUUAUAAUGGAAAUAAAGAGAGAGAAUUAACAAUUAUACUUUGGAUAAGAAUCUCAAUGAAUAUAUUACUUAGAGAAAUAAGUAAAUUAUAGAUUGUUCAGUGCUAUUUUAAAGGAUACAUGACAAUGUUGCACAUAAAAAGGAUAAAGAACUAGAACCAAUUCUAAUUAAUUAGAGCCAAAAGAAACCAUUGAUUUUGUAUAUAAGAAAAGUAUUUGAAUAAUAAUUAUUUGAUUGAUGAAUGUCUUAGAAUAAAUCGAAGUCACUAUCAAGACCUAUUGUUAUGCAAUUAUGAAGGAGACAAUGUCUUAAUUCAUAUGUUCUGGACUCGUCUAUAAAUUGUUUGUAUUUGUUGAAUUGAUGCAAAAUGUAUUUAUUAUUGACUCUAAGUAGAUCUAUUUUGUAAUGCACCCUAUUUUAUAGUUUGAACUAGACAUAGUUUUUGUUCAAUAUUUUAGAUAAGUGAUUCAAUAUUCCUAAUUGACCUACAUUUUAGAUGCAAUGGAUUAAAACUAAUCCAUUAUCUUACUAUACACAGCUUUUGGUUUAUAAAUCACUUUGCUCUUCUUAAUAGGACUUAGUGUGAACUUUGUCAAACAAAAGGUAUUGAACCAAUUAUAAAGUAGAAAAAAAUAACAACAGUCACCUCUUACUCUUUCAAAGCAAUUAGUUUUUAUGCAUUAAUUCUAAAUACUUUUUUGCAUGUUUGCUUCAUCAACAUUUUCUUAGUAUUUCUGAUUUGUUACCCGGAUUCCCAAUAUAGUUUCGGUGUUGAAUGCUAUUCAGGUGUUUAUAUACUUCAUACAGUCAUGGCUGCAUUAGGAAUAUUUUUAUAUGUUAUAAUUCAGUACUACUUUUCAACAUUUUAUAUUGAUUUGAAGUAAUGAAAAUAAUUAUAUAUCAUAGACCUUUUUCUGAUGUACCAUUUGCAUAGCCUUAGAAUAGAUAUGAUUAUAUAAAGAUCUUAUUCAAAUCUGCGAUACUAUUGUUUAUCACAAUUGAUUAUAAUGGAGAAAAUCCUUAGACAUACAUAAUAUUUGUCCUAAUAUUAUAUUUUGUAUUACUUAUGCUUAGAGUAUAUGAGCCUUAACAUUUUCAACAAGAUAUAUAUAGAUUUAUAAUUGCUUGUGAUGUCAUUCAGUUUAGUCUGGCUUUUUCUUACACUCUUCACAAAUUUUUGGAUAAUGGAUCUCCUGAUACAGUGGGAUUUUACUUUAUCUUAGCAGCAAUCCCUUUUGCAUAUUACUGUGUUAUUUAGGUUGGUCAUAAAAAGAAUAAUUACUUUUAAGUGAAAGGAAUAAAAAAAUUAAGUGAUCCUAAUUAACAUGAAUAAUUGUAUAAUUAACUUAUCUACAUUAUUGAUAGAAGGGAUAAUCUCUAGAAUUAUUUAUUAUUAGAAGGAAUUUUAGUAUAGCAUAUGGAAACAUGCCAAAAUUAAAAUUGUUAAUGUUAAUAUUUAAGUGAAUCUAAAACAAAAGAUUAAGAUGAAUUAGUAUGGUACAAGUUUAUUAUCUAAAUGAUCGACCUAUCAAUCGCUAGAUUCCCAAAAAGUUGUAAAUUGCAUCUGCUGCAAUCAUAUAUAUAGAAUAGCAAACUAAACAACAAAUUCAAAUGUUAUUAUUCACUUUAACACAUUAAAUAAUUAGAGACCUCUUUGAAAGAAGAAUUCCAAGCAUUUAGAGAUUUGCAUACACUUGAGGAGAUGAUGUCAGAGGAGGAUUAAAAAGUUGACAUUAUUAUUGAUGUUCUUCAAGUUGUUAAAUUUCAAAAAUAUUAUGGAUAGUUCUAAAAUCUCUUAGAAGAAUCUGUUAAAAGACAUAAUGAAUUUUGGUGUGAAUUACAAGAAAAUAAUCCAGACAUUUAAAAGUUAUUUAAUUUAGGGGGUUAAAUCACUUAAUCAGUUGAAGAUGUAAAAGUACUAUAUGACAAAUUAAUGGAUAUUAACCCUAAUCAUAUCAAUACUUUGAAAAUCUUUGGUCAAUUUCAAAAUGAAGUAAUAAAUGCAGAUAAUUUGGGUAUAAGAAUCUUGGAAAAAGCAACUCAAAUAGAAAAUGCGUAAUAAGCAUAUUCAAAUGAAACAUAAACCGAGAAAUAUGGUGAGAAUAGUAACACUUGUAUUAUGACAUGUUCAGCUGAGACUAAAUCAUUGGGAUUGAUCCAGAGCUGCAACAAAGAGAUAGAAAAAUUAGGAUAUCACAAAUAUGAAUUAAUUAACUAAUUCAUUACUCGUGUGAUGCCUAAAUGUUAUGCAGAUAAUCAUGAUAAAUUUAUGUCCAAGUAUUUGGAAUCAAAUGAAAGUUAAAUUGUUGGAAAGGAGAGAACAGUAUAUUGUCAACAUAAAAAUGGAUCCAUUAUUCCUUGCUAACUGAUGUUCAAAAUUCUACCAUAAUUGAAAAAAGGAUUAAGAAUGGUGAGUUUCUUUAAAGUUUUGGAGAGUUUUGACUCAAAUUAUUAUAUCUUAUUUAAUCCAACAACUUUCUUGAUAUAUGGCUUGAGCCAGAAUUGCUAAGAUUCAUUUGGCAUUCCAGUCAAUUUUUCUUAUGGCAAUAAUGCUCAUUCCAAUGAUUUUACAAUGGAAACUUUGAUACUCGAUUUCAAUCACUUGGUGGAGAAAUUAAAGAUUUCACAAGACAAUAUUCAAACUGCAUUUCCUCUGUAAUUGGAUACAACAAAAUUAUAAAGACAAUUUAUUUUGGAAGAUUCAGUUGAUAGAUUAUCUUUAAUGGAAGAGUAGGAAAUAAAUAAUAAUAAUAAUAAUAAUAAUUAAUUGAAUUAGAAAGGAACAUCAGAGCAGCUGAAAUCUUCAGUUAAAAAAGAAUCCUUAUUCAAAGUCUACAAAAUUAGUUGUACAGUUGAGAAACAACAAUACACUGACUUAGAAGUAGCUAUUUUAAAGUUUACAGAAGCUACUGCAUUUUAAGAAGCCUCAAAGAGUGGCAACUAUUAUUAGAGUGAAAUCAAAUUGAAAUCAAAAUAAACUAAGUAUUCUUCCUCUGCUACAAGAAAGAAAGCUGAUUAAUAAGUCAAUGAUGAUUAUUUAAAUGAGGACAGAUCAUCAGUUAAUUCAGUUUAAUCUAGUUUGAAUGAUGAUAUGAGAAGAUUAAAAGAUUUUAAGGCUUUGAUGAGUGAGAAGAAGGUGCCAAGAAAUAUUAGAACAAUUUAAAUUACUAUGUUAUCUUUAACAUUAAUACUAUUGACAGUUUCAAUUGUUGAUUUAGCAUUAAAGGGAGUAUAAAAUGCUUCAUUUAAAUAUUCUUCCUAGAUAUUGUCAGAUGUUUACUGGAGAACUAAUUAAAUGUCUACUAUUACUUUUCAUUCUAGAAUAUUGGAACUGCUGGGGAAAGGAGAGUAUAAUAAUAGUAACGGAUUGACAACUUCAACUUUGAGAGAAGAUGUAAGCGUAUAAAUUAAUUUUAGUUAAUAAGCAGGUUGAAAAUUGUAUAAAAAUUGCAGUUUGAUACUCUGAAAGUAAAGAAUGAUUUAGAGAAAUCUAAUGUAGAAGUGCCAACUUAAUACCAUUACAAUUUUACCUCCCUUUUAAUUGAUAAUACAUAUCAAAAUACUGAAUUGACACUGAUCGAUUCAAUAAGGGAGGCAAUUAGUCACGUUAUAAUUUUGAUUGGAACAGAUAUACAAGAUUUUAAGAGUGAUGACUACAUAACUCCAGCUCAAUAAUCUUCCUUUUUCAUCAAUUACAAUGGAUUAAGAAACAUAAGAUUAGGAUUGGAAGAGCGAACAGAAUAAUUUUACAAUUUUUUUUAAGAUUUACUUUCCAAUAAAUUUAGUACAUUCUUAGUGUUGAUGAUUAUUAGUAUUAUUAUCUUGAUUAUAACUCAUGCUAUUGUAAUACCUAUUUUAUUAAAAGUAGAUAAAGCGAAUAAUAAAGUAUUGAGUAUGUUUGGAUUAGUAUUAUAUUUAUUUAUCCUAUUAGAUCCCACCAAUGGAAAUCAAGGAGCUAUCGGAUAAAUGUGAAAGGUUCUUAAAAGACUACAUCGAAGAUUUCAAUGAGAAAAAGGAACUUGAGAAUAGAAUUAAUAAUAAGAACCAAGAGGAAAAUAAAAAGUAAUAACAAUAACAAGAUAAAAAUUACAUCGAAAUGAACAAUGAAGAACACAUUGAUGAUAAAUAAAAAGAACAAAUGGAAAGGUAAAAGGAGUUAUAGAGAUUGGAAGAUUAAGAGAAGGAAAGGUUGAGAUUGGAAAUGUUGGAAGAAGAAAAUAGAAAGAAAUAGGAAGAGGAAAAUAAAUAAAAAAGGCAUAUGAGACAUAAAAAGAAAAAGAAACACAAAUAUAAUAUUUAAGAAAUAGAAUUAACUGAGGAUGAAAGAACUAGAAUAGAAAAAUUAGAAAGAUCGAACGAAAAGAAUGACUCUUCAGCUCUUAUCAAAUUCAUGCUGUUUUUUAUUUUAUUUACUGGAUUUUUUGUAGCCUAAUUAGUGCUUGAAACGACCUAUUUAAAUAGCGUUAAAUUUUUAUUUGAACAUCUUAAAUUAUCACAUCAAAGAUACUACAUUAUGAUGUACAGAGUAGUUUAUGGAGUAGAGGAUAUAAUCCAAGAGUAGCCCAUUAAAAUUGACAAUGUUUGGAUGCAACAAUUAUACCAUACUCUUAUUUAUGAUGCUGAAAGAGAUGUGUUUGAAUCCUAUAAAUCAGUAAUACAUAAUCAUCGAAAUUAUUUUAGUUUCCAUUGACAGGCUUCGAGACAUAUAAAUAAUAUUAUGAUUGGUUCAACUUUAAUGAUAUGUGUUCAAAUAUUACAUUAAUGGAAAAUUUGGGUAAUGCACUUACAGAAACAGGUUGUCGUUAAGUUUAGAAUGGUAUAUUAGAAAAAGGAUUGAGAACUUCAGUAAUAAAUCUUGCACUCUAUUCAAAUGAUACUUUAAGGAUAUCUGGUAAUAAUACAAAAUAUAGUAUAAUCAAUGGAAAUACUUUCUAAAUAAUAAAUGACAUUAUAAAAUAUAUUCGACCUGCUUUUAAUACUCUGAAUAAUGCUUACAUCGCAGAUUCAAAUUCAUAUUUUAAUAAUGCUUAAAGUAUCGAAGUUAUCAAAUUUAUUGUGUUGAUAAUAGCUUGGAUCAUUUUGUUCUUUAUAAUAUGGAUGCCAUAUUUGACUAAGUUGAGUAUUUAGAUUUGGAUGACAAAAGGAAUGAUGAAUAUGAUACCUAUGUCUAUUAUUUAAAAGAAUGAAAAACUCAAAUUCAGAUUCUUAUAAGAUAAUAUAAUGACUAUGGUGCAAUGA